AUGGAGCAGUUCAACAUGCACGAUUUGGAUGAAAAACGUUAUCGUCGACGGAAACAACGACCUACGGCUUCGGAAAGUCCGGCUCGUGACUAUCGAGGAGGAAUACCAGUAAGGGCGCAUCACGACGAUACAUCCACUGAGAUGAAGGUGUACUCAGUGUCUUCAUUUCAUGAUAUCUCGCAUGAGAAAAGAAGGCGAAGACCAGAAGAGGGAACGUCCAACGUACCAAAUGUGGUAAUUUCGAGAACCAGAGAUGACGAAGUAAAAGCCGGCAGCGAUGUAGAAAGAACAGAAGAGACUAGUGCUCAGGUAAGGGUUAAUGCUGUCUGUUGUAUAGGAAUUCAAAAAUCUUCCACUUUACUAACAUUUCAUAAAAUAGCAUUAUGCUUGAGUAUUGAAUGAUG